CCGAAAACAACAUAAACUGGUUUGAUAAAAUUGAGACGCUGUGGUUGUCAUUCAUUUUACUUUACUCUCUUGGAGAAUGGCAAUGGCAUCGUCCAACAUGAUGAACAUAGGUCUUGCUUCAUCAUACAAGAAGAAGAAGACGAUGUUGUUUGAGGUAUCAUGCAGUAGAAAGAGAGACAGAGACAGAGAACGAGGUAGUAACAGUAUCCACCCAUAUAAAGUUAUUGAGAUUACUCCUCCACCCAAGUCUCUUGGCGUUCGUUGUCUUCCCCCCGGUUUGAUAUUAUUUCCAUGGUUUCUUGUGUAUAAUAUAUGUGAUGUGAUUGCAAUCUACCAACGAUUGAUUUGUGGGAUUUGGCCCCUUAAUCAAGUGGAUAGGGGCCUGAUCUCUGACUCUUGCGUAUGGAGAAAAUUUAGUUGCGGAAAACAUAUCUUUUGUUACCAACAUGUUCUCUGACAGAGAUUAGUUAUUGCUAAACGACGGUAGAAACUUUGUACCUAUAAUACAAAUAUGAUUGCAAUCUCAAGUGUUAUCCCUAACUAUUGUGUCAUUAGCUAUAAUUAUGGUUGUUAGUAUCUUACAAGAUAUGCAAAUUGUAUUUCUGUUCAAUAUAGGAUUGAACCCACUUUGAUAUGAAUCCUUAGUGUGUAUCCAUUUUGAACCUGAAUUUCAUUUUGAAUCCUGAUUCAUUUCA